AUGCCUCAUCUCGCCAUGUCGCUCCACCCACGCGCGGUCUCGGACCCGAUCACGCUCAACGGCAUGCCUAUCGGCUUCAUCCCGGACGUCGGCUCGGACGGCGGUAACGUUCAAACCAUGGUUGGCAUCAACGGCCUCCUUGCAGGACGCGGUCAGUCCUACGCAUACGGCUUCUACGACCAGACCAAUUACGGCACCACCUACGAUGGCUCGAAGCUCCUCGCCAACGCCCCCGAUAUCUAUGCAUCCGGUGCCAUCCUGGAAGCGUCGAUCAUGCCCGUCGGAUCGUGGGGCGGCUACACCCGAACCGACAACUCGCAAGCCACGGCCGUCUGCCGGGUUAUGAAGCGCUUCACCGACGCCGGCGUCGAAGUGCGCCUCCGUUUCGCGCACGAGGUCAACUACUACGUCACCACGGGCGAGUACGCUCCUGGCACCGACAUGGGUGUCUCUGCAUUCAAGACGGCGUGGGCCCAAGUCUCGGCGGCGUGCCAAUCCAUCGCUCCCGCCGUCAAAAUGUGGUACUGUCCCAACGCUGCCAAUCUCACGGUGUACGAAAAGUAUCUGCCGGACAACUUUAACAGCACGGUUCAGAUGAUCGGCGUGGACUACUACCCGCCCACAACGGACGCAGCGACGGCAAGCAACUACAUCCAAACGGUCAAGCCGUUCCACGACAAGUACUCGUCUUCCAGCGUACCCUUCGUCAUCGCGGAAGCGGGAACGCAUGCUCAGGGCGCCGAUAUUCAGGAACGCAUCGCUUGGUUGCAAACCCUCACUUCCGACCAAGUCAAGAGCUCGUUGCCCAACCUCGAGAGUGUUACCUGGUACAAUGCGCUCCGAAAGACGGACAUCCUGAGCAACGGUGUAGGAGGCGAUUUCAGGAUUUUGGAUCCCAACAACAGCACGUUCCCGAACAACCUGGCGGAGGAUCUGUUCCCGACGGUGCAGAACGCCCAGGCGAGUCUCAGCGCCGUGAGCGUCGCCAGCCAGGCGACUGCCACGAGCAAGAGCGCUGCCCCGAGCAGUCUGCCCAGCUCGCUCAGGGGUAGUGGCUCGAGCUCCAGUGCCGGAACCAAGAAGGUCUCGAUGGGUGGUUUGGCCGUUACCGCGCUCGCGGCGCUGUCUGCGUUGGCUUAUCUGUAG